AUGCUGGAUCGUUGGAACCCGACUGCUGUGUGGUUGCUCUAUGGAUGCCUGGCUUGUCUUGUCUUCAGCUCAGUGAAUGUCAAUGCAGACGGUCGGGUGUUUGUGUUGGACCUGAGGAACUCCUCCGGCCCUCAGGGCUUCAGAGAUGCCGAGCGGGCCUGUGCCUCGCAACGUGCCCGCCUGGCAUCGGCGGAGGAUCUCCGUCACGCUGUGGUGGAGUGCUUCUUCUCUACAUGCACCCGUGGCUGGCUCUAUGGAGGCACAGUGGGGACCACUGUGUGUAAUGUCGCAGGCAGUGGACUGAACGCAGUGGACGUGAGAACAGAAAAUGCCACAGAGGACAAGGCCCACCUGGACGCCUUCUGCAUCAAAGAUAAAGGCGUGCCAUGUGGGGACCCUCCAUCUUUCCCCAACGCUCGUCUGCAGGGUCACCCUGGCUUUGAGAUGGGCGAUGAGCUGCUCUACACGUGUGUGCCGGGUCACGUGAUGCCCAGCGGACACACUGCCUUCAGCCUGCUGUGCGACAGCUGUGGAGAGUGGUAUGGACUGGUGCAGAUUUGUGUCAAAGAUGGGACUGAAAGUCACAUAGACUAUGAGGACAAGUUCACAGAUUCCUACGAGGAGGAAGUGCACCACAGUGAGAGGCCAGAGGAGGCCCACGGGGAAGUGUAUGAGGAGGUGCAUGGAGCUGCAUAUCUGGAGGGGAGGGAGAGUCAGGAGCAGCAAGAGACAAGCUUUGGUCUCGUGGAGCAUCAGGACGAGCAUGGAGACGCUGAAGCAGGAGGAGAAUCGAAUGGUAGUAAGUUUGAGGGUGAAGUAGAGGAAAAAGACGAGCCCCGGGUUUUGGAGGACUUUAUAGAUCCCCCGAGGUGGGAGCAGGAGAGGAGGGAGGUGGUGAGGAUAGAUGUAGCUGAAGCCACAGAAGCACCGGUCUCUCUUCUCUCCCAGAAACACAUGUUCUGGUUCCCCUCCGAGGCUUUUCACGAGGAGAGUCAGUCUGUCUCCACCAAUCCAGUCACACAGACUCCACAGAGAGCUUCAGGCACCCAAUCAGAGGAGAGCAAAGAGCAUGAGAGCCAGGAGACCCAGCAUUCCGUCGAUGCCGAUGACCAUGAUCACGAGCGAGACGAUCAUGACACAGAUGAACGACAGGAAGGCGACGACAGCCAUCACUAUGAUCAAGCUGACCCUGACAGUCACCAGGAGGAAGAUGACCACGAUGACCAUCUGAAACAUUACAUUCCAGCUCAGCACGAUGAUCUGGACAGACGGGACCCCUCGGAAAAACACGACGAAGAUCAUAUUGACCCUAAUGACCAUUAUGACAUGGGUGAACAUGAGGAAGAUCGCGUUCGCUACAGCAACCCGGAGUACGAUGAUCGGGACGACAGCUACGAUGAACACGAAAGCUACGAGGAUCGCAAGGAUGGGACUGACGAUCAUGGUGCCGUUGUUGAAGAGCAUCCUGAAGACUCAAAGGAACAUCCAGACCAACACGACCAUGACGAUGGCGAGGAGCAUUACGACCUGGAGGAGGACAAUAGCGAUCAUUUCACUGAUCACGAUGAGCAUGACAACGAUGAGCAUGACAGCUACGAUGAUCACGAUAGCCACGAAGAUUUCGAGGAUGGUCAUCAGCGUGUCAUCGUUUCUAUCGCAACAGAUGUUCGGAAGAAUGUCACCGCGCAGGGAGCAGAAGAGAAGGCGACGACGGAUGACACCUGGCUAGACGGCUACCCUGUCGUUGUGGAGGAAACGGAGAAAGGCGACUCUACAACAGAGCGAGUGAGCCCAGAGGACGGAGAGAGGGGGACACAUGCCACGACAACAGACAAACCCAACGAGGUGGACAUUCAUAGACCUGUCCCCUACACCAGUUCACCAGAGGAACAGGAAUCUCCCACUGUGGACCCUGAACAAGGUGGAGUGAAGGACGUCUGGCCUGGCUUCAUCCCCACCGUUGCUCCUUCUCCUGAUCACAUAGAGCCCUCAGACUCCCCCUCGUACUCCGACACCCUCGACUACGACACGCAACAAGCAGCUCCCACCCGCUCCUGGCAGGAAGACCUUACCGAGCACCCAUUCCUCGAUUACGGCCUGGCUCCCCCAGUGCAUGAUGGCGACGUCCUGAUGGAGGAGCACACCGUGAACAACCUGCCCAGUGAGACUGGCGAGCGUGAGGAGGUGGAAGGGGAGAUGGGGGAGGCGACCUGCGUGGGCGGUGACUGCCCACCGCGUCCUCCUCAGAGCUCCUCUAGCAAAGGUGCCACAAUUACCGUCAUCAUCGUGGCGUUGUGUGCGCUGGCUGCGGCUGUCGUCGUCGGGGUGUGGUGUUACCGACGGCAGCAGCAGAAGAGCUCGAUGUACGAGAUGAACGGGAAGGGCCAGAGUCACAGCAGACAGGGCCAACAGAUAGAGAUGCAGCAAAAAGUGUAAUAACAAGAGACGAGGAAAGAGGACACUGACGGAGGGCAGAGACAUUUAGGACGAGUUGGAUGAAUUUGAGAAGAACGCGUAGCCCUUCAUCUGCCUAGUAAGUAGGCUACUGCAUAAUUGAAGAUUUUGGAUCAGUAUGAACAAAAGAGUCCUGUUUUGUACAUUACCUGUGUGGUGCACAAAAUACAGUAAAACAGUGAGAAGUGAUGCAGCAGUAUGCAUCAGUCUGCUUCUUAACAAUUCUACGGAAGUUCACCGACCUUUGUCAUACUUAUUCAUUAUUUUCAAAGCUCCGAUAUCUAUGGGGACAGUUGGGGGCGUUCUGUCUAGACUGGACCACGUUCCAGGAACUAAAAACAACUAGAGAUUGUACAAAAUUACCAUGUUGGAAAACCCCAAGACGACAUGCCUGCCUGAAUUACACGAACUGAGACUUCAACCUCCGAAGCUCUUGGACAUUGUGGUGAAGAUUCUCUCCGCUACUUUGCUGUCAUUUAUGUUGAGUGGUCUUGUUUCUUUCUUUUGAUGUGUACUGUUCUGGAUUUAUAGAUCUCAAUCUUAUUUUCUGUGUAUUUUUUUUUAUAUAUAUAUAUAUAUAUUAAUAAAAGUAUCCCACUUGUUUGUAGGAGUUAGAGGAUCACAACACUGCAGCAAAUUUGGGCAGGUUUUUUCCCAAAUGAAAGACUUGGAUUCCGUUGCACCAGCGUUAAAGAAAAAGAGAAAAUUAUGAUUUUGAUGAUGAUGAUGAUGAUGAUGAUGAUGAUGAUGAUGAUGAUGAUGAUGAUGAUGAUGAUGAUGAUGGCUAGACCAGAUGAGAGAACGAGUAUAAAGAGAGCUGAAAUGAAAAAGAGGCUGGGAAAUGGUGUGAAUACAAAGUAUGAUGGAAGAAACAUCUGAGGACCUUCCAGCCUCUGUUGGUUUUGACAAGUCAGCUGGUGAUAAAUAUAAAGCAGGUUUCCAGACUGCAAAUUCGGCCCUGUGUUUGUGUGUGUGUAUGUGUGUGUGUGCAUGUGUCUCAGGUUCGUGCAAUCUGCUGCUCAGCGGUACACCGUGUUUGAAGAAGCAGCGAGGAUGCUGACGGCAUCCAGACCAGCCAGAGAUCAGACUUUGUGUUGCUGCCAUGGCAACAGAGAGGAACUACCCCAAAUGUUUAAGUGAAAAACAUCAUCAGUCAUUUUCUGAAAUAUUUCGACCGUUCAGAAGGAUUUUUCCUUGUGAGAUUCGACGAAAGAUAGUUUUGGAUAUCUUGUGGAGCUGGAGAGCUUUAGUUUAAAAAUAGUUCCAGACCUCAUGCCCUGAAAUGUUCACCAAUCUGCCACAACCUUAAAACAGAUAAUGGGUUUGAAUGUUGGAGCUGUUCGGUGUACAUGAUGAUUCAUUGUUUAAUUUCGCUCAAAACUGAUAGAUGUCGUGCUAAAUAUAUUUUCAACAAUAUCAGUGCAUUAUGUUCUUGUGCUUGUUUUCUGCCUCACCAAACAUGUUUGGAGCAGCGAGGAUGCUACAUGUUUGGUGAGGCACCAUGACCUUGACCUUUGACCUUUACCCACCGAAAUCUAAUCAGUUCAUCUGUGAGUCUCAGUGAACAUUUUUGCAAAAUUUUAAAGGAUUCACUUGAGGUGUUAUUAAGAUAACAUGUUCACAAGGCAAAAAAGGGUUUUGUGAGGACACCCUGACCUUACAUUUUUACUACCAGAUUAUAAUCAGUUCAUCCUUGAGUCCAGGUAAACCUUUGUAUCAAGUUAGAAGAAAUUCUCUCAAGAUGCACUCAAGAUAUCAUGUUCAAAAGUGCACAAAUGGAAAACAUAAUGCCUCUGGCCACUGGAGGCAGAAUUAUGUUUUUUUGCUCUUUUGUUCUACAACUGCUAAAUUGAAUUAGAAAACAUAAAAAAAGGUGCAUAUAUUAACAAAGGCCAAUCGUCACAGCAGGGUUUAAACUCUUUGAUAUGGUGAUGAAUAAAGAUGACAAAAUGAUGCUCAGUAAGUAACUGAAAUUGUGAGUGCUUUACUUUCGAUAAGUAGUGGCUGGUGGAUGAGGUUAUUUGUGGUGUCAUCGGUCAUGAGUGAUUAUUGAAUUUCUUCUAUUUUGUUUCUAACAAAACGUCCAGUGUUUCCUGCUGGUUUAUAAAAAGUAUUUUUUUAAUGACGUUAUUUUGUAUCUGGUCAUGAAAUAAGGAUUUGGAUAAAUUAAGUAGAUGAGUGUCUUCUUCAUUUCUGUAUUGUGGUAUCUGAAACUAUGUAGACACUAUUCUUGGGUGAGAGCAUUGGGGGGGAAUGAAGUGCCUGAAGUGUCUGUGUGUUUGUGUAAAUAUGAAUCUACGACUGCAUUAACUUGCUGUACAUACUGUAGCAUAUCUGGUGUCACAUUCGACGUGACCUCUACACAGAGUCGGCUCAUUUCCACCACUAAGAAUCUCACUGUUUCGUGUUCUGCUGUAGAAACCCAAGUACUGUACUCGCAGAUGUCAGCUGCAGGGCCUGUAUGACCGCGCAUCAGAUUGUGGGAUCACCUGAGUUUUUGUUCACGACACUCAUGAAAACCAGCGGAGGCGAAAAAGCAGGAAAUGAUAUUUGGACGUCGCUGUGUCUCGUUCACAUGACGCUCAAACGUGAGGGUUUCUCCUCCCUUUCAAACAGCCCGAUGGGAGUGCUGUCAGGGUGAGGUGUGUACUGUGUAGAGCAGGUGUUCUCUUAGUCACA